CAUCACACGACAUCACCAACAUCCUCCAUUGCUCUAAUGCAGGGCUGCAAGAAUUGAACAAACCCAUCCACUCACUCGGCCGAUGCAUCGACUUCAGCUGUCCUUCUAAAUGGCCGAAAUUGAACAGCUCCCAGCAUCUCUGAUCGACCUGCUUGCCAAUUCGGUAAUACUACGAGAACUCGCUCCUUAUCUCUCCCUUCAGAGUCUCCUUCGAUUGUCUCAAACAUCCAAAGACAUUCGAGAAAUUAUUACAACACAACCGGAACCAUGGCGACAUCUCGACUUGAGCGGAGUGAAGUCGGCCAUCAUCGACUCCUCUCCUAUCGACAUCGGAGGCAUCUCUUGGAGAGCCGAGCGUAUGGAUGAGGCUCUAACGGAAGAUGAUUUCUACUCGGGUCCGCUGCGGGGUAUGUUCUCACGCCUGCAACGAAAACAAAUCCUUCGUAAUGUGCAGACUCUGGUCCUCGAUGGCCUCUCCGUACCAGCGGAUUUGGUGCGCGAGAUUGUAACGGAAGACCGAUUCAAUGUCAAGAUCCUCAGUAUCCGGGAAGCGAAGAAUCUCAACCAGUCGAAGCUUCAGCAAGUCUUGCGAUAUAUUGUCCGACCGACGAGGCCCGAAGGGAGCCCCAAGCUCAAAGCGCUGUACUUCUUCGGACCAAAGGAUUCGACUCGUUCGACUAUUUGGCAACGACAACAACGACAACCCCGAGCCAUGGGAGUGACGACUUCUGAGGGCGCCCAGAUUGGCGCGGAAUGGAAUCAACGCUCAUCUACAGCUUUACUAUCCACCAUUUCCGAUGAUGAGACAAGAUGGUACAGCUGCACCGGACGAAUUCUGAAACGCCCUUUGUCCGAUUGGCCCGAGACCAUACGUGCCUGCAAAGACUUGAUAACAUUCGACGCCGUCUUGUGUCGAGGACCGCGCCACGACAUUACUAAAGUAGACAGCAAAGACUUCCUCCAACCCACCAUCGCCACCGUCGCUCUGGGCCCCACAGGAUGCGAAAGCUGCGGCACCUGUCCAGAAGGCCCCGCCAGAUUCGGCGAAACCUCAGAGUCAACUCUGCCGCUCCUAUCACCAGCACCAUCCCAUUCAUCCACCGUCCACGCAGCACAACGCCCCCAACAAGCCACUCUCACUAACGACUCCCCACCACCCCCGCUCCUCCUCCGAUGCGAAGACUGCCUCCGCGCGCGCUGGUGCGAACGCUGCAACCGCUGGUGGUGCGAAACGUGCUACGAAGAGCCCCGAUCCCGCAUUCACCUCCGCACCGAAAUGCAGCAACUCGAGCUGCGCGACCAACUGCGCGACGGCGGCUGGGAGGACGUCACACGCACCGUCUACGAGGGCGACGGCCCGCAAAUAAAGGGCGUUCAUCGGGAUUGUCUGGAGUGCGGGCGGACGUGCGAGGCGUGUAGCUUGUUUUGCCUUCGGCGCUGCCAGCUCUGCCGGACGGACUAUUGUGUGGAGCACGAUGACGGUUGCACGGAAACUGAGUGUGCUUGGUGCAGAGGUGGUGGGCGGCGGACAAUGACGCGCGAACUAUACUAGCUCGCCGUUCUGACUGUGUUCCGGUGAGAACCUGGCGUAGGGAUACUUCUGGAAACAUAAGCACCUUCCGUCGAACAAACUCGUCAUGGCGUGACAUACAAAU